CUCUGUAGCUCUCCCAGUCUCACACAAGGGGUGAGCUUGAGAGGAGCAAACAAUGGAAAAUAACUUCUCUCGUCAGCCCAAUUCCUCAGUGCUUGGGACAGGGGUGCUCCCUCUGUAUAAUACCCACGGCUAUGAGCCACUGGCUGAGGAGCUAGUGGAAUAUGGUGGGUCACAGAGGAAUCUUGUCCAGUCCACUGUAGUGACUAUGUCUAGCAAUGAGAAACCAGUCAGAGAUCACCUUGUCUGGUCCAUUUUCAACCUGAUCUACAUGAAUUUCUGCUGCCUGGGAUUAAUGGCUCUGGUAUUUUCAGUAAAGUCUCGAGAUCGGAAGCUGGUUGGUGAUCGCAACGGCGCUACAAGCUACGGCUCCACGUCUCGUUCUCUGAAUAUUGCUGCUACCACGUUGUCAUUGCUUCUAGCGAUCAUCACACUUAUCGUGGUGGUGUCUGGAGUAGCCACUGUUAUUCGAUUACAGCAGCAAGAGCUCCCUUCCGACAUUCCCAAUUAUCAGAAUGGGAAAUAAACUCUCCAGUUGCAUUCUCACUGUGGAAUGGUGUUUUUUUUGUUUUUGUUUUUUCUUUAUUUUUAGUUCUACAAUGGAACUGGUCACUCUUAGACUUUCAAAAAUAAAUAUAUAUAUUCAGUUUAAUACCACAAUGUCUUAAAGGGAUAGUCUAUUGUAAAAUAACAUUUGUGUAGCUGCAUGGGAGAAGCCGGCAUACAUGUGUAUGCUCUAAUCCCUGGCUGUAUUCUUAUCUAGCACAUAAUGUGUUCGAGGAGUGCCCCUUUUGACUACAGGUUUAGUUCUUCUAAAUGAGUUAACCCCAUUGUAAAAGAGUAUUUUUUUUUAUUUAUUAUUAUUUAAUGCUGUAUCAGAGCAUUUCAUAUUUACACUAGAAUCUCCCUUACAGAUGUUCACUGUAUAAUUUUUUUAUUUUUUAUUUUUUUAUAUUCCUAAUAUUUGAUUAAUAUAAGAAAGCACUCAAGUUGGUGGGUUUUUGUUAUAUUAAGCAGAAUAUUGUUACCUUAGCACAGGUAAACAAUAUCUACUGCAGGAACAUAAUAAUAAUAAUAAUUAUUAUUAUUGAUUUGCAGUAGUGUGUUUAGCAAGCACAGCUGCAUCAGAUCUAUGGGGGGGGGGGGGCGUCUGUUGUCUAGAUUUGUUUGUUCAGUGAUGUUUAGAGAUCACUCUAAAUUCAGAAAUCUGAUGAAACCUUUUGUAGCAAAUGUUCCAUCUGUUUGUGAGACUAUUAGAUCUUAUUUCAUACUUUUCACAUAUGAAAGAUGUGACAAUUGUUUGUAUAUGUUUAAAAAAAAAAAAAUCAGAUAAGAUAUCCCUGACAAGGGAAAUGUUUAUCCUAUUACACCCAUAACAUAAGUAAAUGUGUUACCCACACAAAGGAAUGAGACAUCCAAAAGCAAAUGAAACUUCCAUGAUUCAGAGCAUAGUUUGUUUUAGUAUUUUCAGUUAUAAUUUACUUUUUUCUCUUUUUAUAAUGCUGAUGUAAACAAGAUAACAUAAACGGGAUUCUGUAAACGCGUGUAUACAUCUGGCACUGUGGGGCUUGGUUAGGAGUCUGAAAAUCAGCACAAUGUUUUU